AGCCAAUUAAUGACAUUUUCCCCCAAGGUGAGAUAUUGUCUGCUCUUCCAUUCAAAGCAGUGGUCCCAGCGAAUGGUGCUAGUGGUGGGAGCCCCACUCACCAUUGGCUCCACGACCUAUAGGGGCGUUGCUUGCCGAGUUGUGAUCGCUUGGGUCCAUGGAUGGCUCGUCGAAAGCUUACUUGGCACUGAUCCCUCCUCUCCGUAUAGGUUAAAUCAGACAGCGUUCAGGAGGAAUGUAUCGCAAAUAGUUGGGUGUUUAUAGCGGUCAGUGGACGCGAGUUCAGCAAUGCGAUGAGGGCAGUGCACUUUGCAAGACUUGUGCUGCAGGGAGCCUCCGCAGAGCCCGCAGAGACCGGUUGCUGACAAGCCGGGGUGAAGAGCCGCUGUAGAUAGAAGGCUCUGGGCUUGCCUUGGAGGGACGAGAGCCUUGGCUUCUUCACGGAGGAAAUCAUGCAGUUUGCAAUCUGGCUGCUUGGACUAAUGUGUCACCUGUCAGCCCUAGUCCGGAACUCUUUAGAAUACCGAUUGCAUCCGAAACAAGAAAGUUUCAUCAAACAGUUGAAAUCCUACGAAAUCAUUACCCCGCUCCGGGUCAAUGAUUUCGGAGAGUCGUUCCCUCACAAGCUGCACUACAAGAGGAGACGGAGGAGUUUGGAUGACGAUGUGUCGGGCUCACAAGCCCACUACAGGAUCGAUGCAUUCGGGGAACGCUUCCACCUCAACCUGACCGCCGACUCCAGCUUCAUCGCCCCCUCCUACGCCGUGCAGCACCUGGGCGCGGAGCCCAACGACACCGCCGACUCCCACCACUACUACCCCCGGGACCCGAGCAAUAUGCGCCACUGCUUUUUCCGAGGACACGUCAACGCCAAGACACACUUCCCCGCAGUCUUCAGUUUGUGCACUGGCCUAAUUGGGACGUUCACGACGCAUGACGGCGAGUACUUCAUGGAGCCGCUGAUGGGCGCCGAGGGAGAGCCGUACGCCUCGGAGCACAGCAAGCCCCACCUGGUCUACAGGCAGGGCAGGACUGGGGAGGGACCCAGGGAGGCCCCCCCGGCGGAGCCCUGCGCCGCCUCAGAGAACAAGGCGUCCGGGCCCGUGGUUCUGGAGAACAACAGGAAUACGGCGGAGCAGCUGGAGUCAGUCAGCUACGCCAUACGCGAUCAACACCCCAACCCCGGCCCAAACACUGACACCAACCCAGGCCGCAACAACACCACCAGCACCCCCACCGACACCCACGGGGCUCGCAGCCGACGCAAGCGCUUCCUGUCCUACCCCCGCUACGUGGAGCUGAUGGUGACGGCGGACGCCAAGAUGGUGCGACACCACGGACGCAACCUGGAGCACUACAUCCUCACAAUCAUGUCAGUAGUAGCAGCUGUGUACCGGGACCCCAGCGUAGGCAACCUCAUCAACAUUGUGAUUGUCAAGCUCGUCAUUAUCCACAAUGAACAGGAAGGCCCGACGGUGAACUUCAACGCCGCCCAGACCCUCCACAACUUCUGCGUGUGGCAGCAGGCCCAGAAUGUCCCUGACGACAGCCACCCGCCCCACCAUGACACCGCCCUCCUCAUCACCAGGGAAGACAUCUGCCGAGCGAAGGACAAAUGCGACACAUUAGGACUCGCGGAGCUGGGCACCAUGUGCGACCCGCUCCGGAGCUGCUCCAUCAGCGAGGAGAACGGCCUCAGUGCCUCCUUCACCAUCGCUCACGAGCUGGGCCAUGUGUUCAACAUGCCCCAUGAUGACAACCCAAAGUGCAAGGAGGCGGGCGUCAAGCACCAGUUCCACGUCAUGGCGCCCACGCUCAACUACGACACCAGCCCUUGGUUCUGGUCCAAGUGCAGCCGCAAGUACAUCACCGAGUUUCUGGACACUGGAUAUGGGGAGUGUCUGCUGGACGAGCCCACAGCUAGGAAGUACGAGAUGCCCACUCUUCUUCCCGGUCAACUCUACAACGCCAACAAACAGUGUGAACUGAUGUUCGGACCUGGUUCCCAAGUUUGCCCAUACAUGAUACAAUGCAAGAGGCUGUGGUGCACGAGUGCAGAGGGGGACCACAAAGGGUGUCGGACACAACACAUGCCCCCGGCCGACGGCACGGAGUGUGGGGACGAAAUGUACUGCAGACACGGGAUUUGCGUGAACAGAGAGCUGGACCUGCGGCCGGUCAACGGAGAGUGGGGCCCCUGGGGGCCCUACAGUGUGUGCUCCCGCUCCUGUGGGGGGGGACCAGGAGCACCAGCAGAGACUGCAACAAGCCUGAGUGAGGAUGACUGCUCCCUGACGUGCGGGGGCGUUGGCCGGGCCACCAGGCAGGUGGUGUGCAGCAACUACCACCAGCCCGUGGACCCGUCCUUCUGCGACCCGGACGAGAGGCCCGGCGCCGGGCAGGAGUGCACGGCGCCCCCCUGCACCUCCACCUCCUCCUCCGUCUUCCAGAGGCAGCGCAGCAACGAGCAGCCCCACGGCUACCCCCAGGACCCGGGCCACCGGAGCUGGAACGUGCCCUCGUCGGACAACCAGUGGCGGACCGGUCCCUGGGGCGCGUGUUCCAGUACGUGCGCGGGGGGCUACCAGCGGCGGGUGGUGGUGUGUCAGGACGCGGACGGACGCAGCAACAGCUACUGCGACGAGAGGGUGAAGCCGGCCGAGUCCAGCUGCGACUCGGGCCCCUGUCCGCUGUGGAACUUCGGCAUCUGGGGCGAGUGCACCCAGACCUGCGGGGGGGGCCGGAGGACCCGGCUGGUGGUCUGCCAGCGACCCAGCGGCCAGAGACUCUACGACCGCAACUGCGACGUCCUGGAGAAGCCCUCGGACAUGGAGCAGUGCAACCAGCACGCCUGCCCUGGCUCCGCCUCCUGGCACCGCCGACCAUGGAAGCCGUGUUCUGUGAGCUGUGGCCGAGGCAGCAGUCAGAGGGAGAUAGCCUGUGUUUACCCCAACGGAACCCAAACAGAGGAGCAGAUCUGCGGCCAUCUGCCCCGGCCCCGGGCCCAGAAGGCCUGUCGCACGGAGGCCUGCCCCGUGUGGAAGGCACACAGGUGGACCGAGUGUUCUGUGAGCUGUGGGCCGGGGCUGCAGAGCCGUCACGUCUACUGCCGACUGAAGGGCAGCGGGCGUGUGGGCCCGGAGCGCUGCGACCCCCACACCCGGCCCGCUGACCACCAGGCCUGCCUCACCAGCGAGUGCCCUCGCUACACCUGGCUGACUGGAGAAUGGCAAGAUUGCAACGCCACCUGUGGGGCCCCGGGGACGACGGGCAGGGCGGUGGGCUGCGUGGGUCCCGGGAUGACCCCCGUUCAGGAGGACCACUGUGGGGCCUCCUCCCCCUCCCGGCCCCCCUCCCGGCAGGCGUGUAGAGGAGCACCUUGCCUCCACACCUGGAUGACCGGGGCUUGGACCCAGUGCUCCGUCAGCUGCGGUGUGGGCUACGAGCACCGCAUGGUGUCCUGCUCCGGGGCCCCGUCGUCCCCGGGCCCUCACCCGUACGCCGGCCCCGCCUCCCCCAGCCCCCGGUGCCCUGGCCCCCAGCCGCCGCACGCCAAGCAGUGCCUGCUCAGGGCCUGCCCGCACACGGCCUCCUGGAAGGUCGGCCCCUGGACCAAGUGCUCCCAGACAUGCGGCGCAGGUGUGAUGGAGCGCCAGGUAGAGUGUCUCACAGCCAAAGGCCAGCCGUCCAAACACUGUGCAGCCGACCGUCCAGAGUCCCGCGCGGCCUGCAGAGAGACAGAAUGCCAGCAGUUCACCUCCUGCCGGGAGGUGCAGGUGCAGCAGGGUGUGAGAAUGGACGGGGAGUUCUACCUCCGGGUCGGACCCCGGAUCCUACAGAUUUAUUGUGCGGAGAUGCAGAGCGACUUCCCCAAGGAGUAUGUGACGCUGCGCAGUGGGCAGACAGACAACUACUCGGAGGUGUACGGACACAGGCUGCUGAACCCCUUCCAGUGUCCGUACAACGGCAGCCGGCGGCAGGACUGCGAGUGUCGUCAUGACUACACCACGGCCGGCUACACGCUGUUCCGAAAGGUGCGCCUGGACCUGGACUCGCUGAGGAUCAUGAGUGAGUAAUCAGCCCCGUGAUUGGCCGAUUCGGCCCCGGCGUGUUGCACUUGGUUUCACGAGACCGCAGGUUGGCUGUCGUUUUAACCAUCACCUCGACCCCAGCGCCGCUCCCUGGCUGACCGCCAUUUUUGACGGGCCUGUUUUGUUACACACACACCUCUCUCUCUCUCUCUCUCUCUCUCUCUCUCUCUCUCUCUCUCUCUCUCUCUCUCUCUCUCUCUCUCUCUCUCUCUCUCUCUCUCUUUUCUCUCUUUCUUUUUUCUCUAUCACUUCACCAGGCGAGGAAAUGUGAGCCCCUAAUAUAACAGUUAGAGCCAGCUUUCAUCUAGUGUGUGUGUGUAUAAAUGUGUGCAUACGUGUGUGUGUGUGUGUGUGUGUGCAUGUAUGUACAUGUGUGUGUAUGUGUGACUAUAUGCCUGUGUUGGUGUUUCUGCAUGUGUACAUAUUUAUGUAUGCAUGUGUGUGUGUG